GACGCCAUGGAAAGACAGAGGAAGCGCGAGCUGCGCGGCCUCAACCAGCGGGCAUGGGCCGGUGAAGUAAAUGUCCUCCCCGUCCAGGGCUCGCUCGACUCGUCCAUGAAAAAGAACACGGCAUUCAUCAAGCGUCUCCGAACCGCCAUCAACGCCGCCGGCCAGACUGUCUUCUUGCAGGAAAUCUGCACCCUCUCCCUACACAAGUACUUGUCCGAGAUCAUCUCCGCCUGCUUCGAAGGCCUCACCAAACUCAAGUCGCCAGGAGAAAUCGCCGCUGGCGUGGAAAUUGUCUCUGCUCUCCACCAACGCUUUGGCCCUGAUGAGUUCACCAAGAUGCUCGGCUGGUUUGUCGGCCGUGGCCUUGCUACACCUGAUAGAGCCCAGUUGAAGGCCCUGGCUCAAGAGGUGCGGGAAAGAGAAGAGAAGGAACGAAUUUCGAGACAGCGCAUCCUUUUGCGUGUUGCUACCGAAUUGUGGCUUGUCGGUGUCUUGCGUAGUUUGGAAGAUAUUGCUCGCCCUGAAGAAGCCAACAAGUUGAAAGAGUCGGGGAAGCCUGCGGAUACCCUGCCCAAGGCCAAGACUACACGUCCUGACUCUGCGGACCCGGAACCCUUUCCCCUUGAAGUGCUCAAGGAUAUGCUGGGUCACGACCGGGAUCAUGUGAAUCUGCCCCUGGUUGUCAUUUUCGUCAAGAGUUUUGCUUGGGAUAUCCUGGCUUCUAAAUCUACACAGGAUGGUCGCAAGACUGUUGCUGAGGAUGGCUCAACCGCCGUUACCAGCUCUACGGAUGAGGUCGAAGGCGAUGCAAACGGAACCCAAGAUCCUCCGCUCUGCGCUCCCGACAUGCAGCAGCGCUUCAAAAACAUUCUUAGCCGCUACUUCCAGGACGUGAAGGCACAUAUAGUUCGCGACCAGAAGCAUCUCAGUGCUCAAGGACGUCGCAACGCCGAAGCAUAUGUCAAGUCUGGAGAAGUCUUCGAAGACCGUCAGACCAAUUUUGAGAAACUGACAAAAUCCCACGAAAAGUUGGUCUCGAACGCUCAGGUCCUGGCAGAUGCACUGGGUGCUGAUAUGCCGGAUUUGUCUGAGAAGGAGUCAAACAACGCCAAUGGAGACGGCGGUAUCGGCCUGGUCAAGACUGGCGAAUAUCUGCGUGGCCAAGGCGACGGCGCUGGUAUUUGGGAGGACGAAGAAGAAAGACGCUUUUACGAGAACUUGAUCGAUCUCAAAGACAGAGUCCCUGGAAUCUUGCUUGAGGAUGGCAAGAAGAAGAAAUCUGACGGCGACGAUCAGGUCGGUAAGAGGGUUGACGACGCAGCCGAAGCGAAGGACAAGCCUGAAGUCGCAGAGCCCAAGGCAGCAGAAGGUGAAGACCAGUCAACUGCUAUUGCCAACAAGACCGUUGGUGCACAGGUUGAUGCUCUGCUUGCUCAACUAGUCGAUCUGACCAACAAAGACCAAGUCGAUCAGUUUGCUAUUGACUUCUGCUUCUUGAACUCCAAAGCCUCCCGAAAUCGCUUGGUGAGGGCUAUUCAGGACAUCCCCAAAGGCAGGACUGAUUUGUUGCCUCUAUACUCGCGCCUCGUUGCUACCCUCGGAAAGCAGUUAAUCGAUGUUCCGCAAGCACUGAUUGCCUACCUCGAUGAGGAAUUUAGAAGUCUGCAACGUCGCAAGUCGAAGGACUUCCUCGGACAAGUCCGUAUGAUCAACAUCAGAUACAUCGCUGAGCUUACCAAAUUUGGUGUCGUCCCUGAGCAUGUCAUCUUCCAUUGUCUGAAGGUCAGCCUGGACGAUUUCUCACGCAUGAAUAUUGAGAUCAUCUCCAAUCUUCUGGAGAAUUGCGGUCGCUACCUCCUUCGCAACCCGGACACCUCACCCAGGAUGGCUUCUUUCUUGGAGACUUUGCAGCGCAAGAAGGGUGCUCAGCAUCUUGGACAGCAAGAGCGCAUGCUUAUCGAGAAUGCCAUGUACUAUGUCAACCCACCCGAGCGAGCAGCCAUUCAGCAGAAGGAGCGCACUACUUUGGAGCUCUUCAUCCGCAAACUCAUCUACUUGGACCUAUCGAAGCGCUCUAUUGAGAAGAUCAUCAAGCAAAUUCGAAAGCUACAUUGGGAAGAGCCAGAGGUCUCGGAACUCCUUCACAAGAUCUUCAUCAAGCCUGGAAAGAUCAAGUACAGUAAUAUCCACCUGCUGGCAGUCAUUCUAGCAGCGCUGCACCGCUAUCAUCAGAACUUUACCGUCGCUGUGCUUGACGACACACUCGAGCAGAUAACAGUUGGAUUGGAGACCAACGACUUCAAACAAAAUCAGAAGCGCAUCGCCGAAGUCAAGUAUCUUGGUGAGCUGUACGUCUACCGCAUGGUCGACUCUGCACUUAUCUUUGACACGCUUUACCACAUUGUAAACUGCGGCCACCCAGGCGGAUUCGCUCGUCCAGGCUCUUACAACAUGCUUGACCUGCCGGAUGAUUACUUCCGCAUCAGACUCGUGGCUAGUCUCCUCGAAACCUGCGGCAUGUACUUUGACAAGGGUGCCGUGAAGAAGAAGCUCGACUUUUUCUUGUCCUUCUUCCAGUACUACAUUCAGACCAAGGAGCCGAUGCCUAUGGAUAUCGAGUUUGUAGUUCAAGAUAUGUUUGCUCUCUUGCGGCCUCAGUGGAAGGUUGCUACAACUUUCGAGGAAGCGCAACAAGUCUUUAGUGAGGCUGUCAAACACAACUAUCAGGCAACCGGUGCCAACAAGCAGCAGGAAGAGCAAGCAGAAGAGGCAGGAGAAGAUGGCCGUGAAAUCGACGAUGUCAACAAUGACGACGAUAACGAUGACAACGACGAUGACGACGACGAUAAGUCAUCCGGAGACGAAGCUGCAGAGCCUACCGAUGACGAGGGCGCCGGUGAAACUCCAGAGGAGGGUACGGAAGACGAAGAAGAGCACAUUGUUGUGACACGCCCUGAGGAUCACCGUGAUCCCGAGGCCGACGCCGAAUUUGAUCGAGAGCUAGCCAAGAUGAUGGCAGACAGCGUUGAGUCACGCAAGUUUGAUCGCAAGCCUGUCUUUGACGUGCCCUUGCCAAUGCACUCGAACUUCGCGGUCGCCAUGCGCAGCCAGCAAGAGCAAGCUCGUGCUGAGCAGCAGCGCAUCAAGAACCUGGUCCUCAACUACGACCUCCGCGACGACGACCCCAAUGAUGGUGAAUCAUCCUUCCACUAUGUUUUGCAGCCCAACACGAACCGUACGGUUCUCGUAGGCAAAGGCGCUAUGAACCAACCACUGUCACCUAGGGAUUCCAACAAUCCUGUGAUGACCAACACUUCCAACACAUUCAAAUCAAGCAGCCAUGGCAAUAUCAACACUGCUCAUGGUAUAAGUCUUCAUACACCCUGUCCCCCUUCUGCGAUCACAUCUUCAUACGCCUGCACCCGCAAUAACGAAAACGCAAAGCCUAGAGCUGCCACUUCAACCACAAAUGCUGACUUUUCCUCUUCUACUUCCACNAGCAGCUCUAGAUGCACAGUCCCCUACAAUCAGCCCCGUGUUGACAAGUCGGGGACUUCACGUAACGUCACCAGAAGCAGAAAGCUGCAGCUCAGUGAUGUCGACUGGUAUGCCAAAACUCCCUCCAACCCCCAUGCAUCUUCGCAGAAAGAGAAGCCAGAGACAAAGUUGAGCUUGGACUCAUACAUUGUCGCGAGCAAGAAGCAGAGAAAGCCCUUUGAAAAGAAGAACAAAGGCCUUGAUGCUCUGGGCAAUUCUUGA